UCAGGAAACUAUUUUGACACUUUACUCGUUACUUCCUGCUGUACAGGUAAAGAAAGUAAAGUUAGAGAUAGCAGAAGCUUCGAACAACCCACAGGGUCUGCUUUUGGAGGCUAUACACUCUGCCGGAUAUAGUGGUGCAUUAGCAAUUCCACUUUUGGCUUCCGAAUCAUCCUUGAAUUUAAUAAAUAGCAGUGUUCUUGAACAAUUUGUUGCUGAAAACUAUACUGCCCCAAGGAUGGUACUUGCUGCAUCUGGUGUGGAACACGAGGAAUUAGUUAAACUUGCCGAACCACUUCUAUUGAAUCUUCCCAAGGUUAAUCGCCCAGAGGAGCCAAAAUCUCUCUAUGUUGGAGGGGAUUAUCGGUGUCAAGCUGAUUCUGCGAGUACACAACUUGCUAUUGCUUUUGAAGUUCCUGGUGGCUGGCAUAAGGAAAAGGAUGCCAUGGCUGUGACAGUACUUCAGAUGCUUAUGGGAGGUGGUGGCUCUUUUUCUGCUGGAGGGCCUGGAAAGGGGAUGUACUCUCGUCUAU